GAAGAAGACGAAGAAGAGCAGCAUCUAUGCAGCGCGAUCUGCAGAAACUCUGUAAAAUAAUAAUGAUAAUAAUGUGAGAGAACAGCAGAAAGACUGAGCUUUAGAGCGGAGGAGAAACCCUGAGGCAGACGGAGACUCGAGGAGCAGCGGAGUAACUCGUCUGAACACAUCUGCUCUGCUGUGACGAGGAUAAACUUCUUAAAAGAACGGCGAGAACAUGGAUGGUCCAGAACCCUGCAGAAUAAAACAAGAUGAUGGUGAAGAACAAAUAGACCUGAUGGAAGAGAACAAGGUGAUUGAAGAACUGAUGGAAGCAGGGAAGAAACAUCAUGACACUUGCCCUCAGUGUGGAAAGAGUUUUUCAUGUGAACAAACUCUUAAUCUUCACAUGAAAUUUCAUAGUGGAAUGGAGCUUUACGAGUGUGAUCAGUGCGAGAAGAUUUUCAAACUAAAAGGAAACUUUAAUGAACACAUGAAAAUCCACACUGGAGCGAUGCCGUACUCAUGUGAUCAGUGCGGGAAGAAAUUCAGACAUAAAGGAAACCUUAAUACACACAUGAGAAUCCACACUGGAGAGAAACCCUUUGCAUGUGAUCAGUGCGGGAAGAAUUACAGACAUAAAGGAAACUAUAAUGAUCACAUGAAAAGCCACUCUGGAGAGAAGCCACACUCAUGUGAUCAGUGCGGGAAGAAAUUUAUACAAAAAGAACACCUUAAAAAACACAUGAGUAUCCACACUGGAGAGAAGCCACUCAGAUGUGAACAGUGCGGGAAGAGUUUCACACUAAAAGAAACUCUUUAUAAGCACAUGAAAAUCCACACUGGAGAGAAACCCUUUGCAUGUGAUCAGUGCGGGAAGAGUUUCAGACAUAAAGGAAACUAUAAUGAUCACAUGAAAAUCCAUACUGGAGAGAAGCAGUACACAUGUGAACAGUGUGAGAAGAGUUUCAUACAAAAAGGACAACUUAAUGAACACAUGAAAAUCCACACUGGAGAGAAGCCCUUCACAUGUGAACAGUGUGGGAAGAGUUUCAGAAAGUCAAGUGUUUUUAAAGUACAUUUGCGAACUCAUUCUAGAGAAAGAAUUUAUAGCUGUGACCAGUGCAGUAAAACAUUUUUUAGGGCAGAUUUCCUGAAGGACCACCUGACAGUGCAUACACAAGAGAGGCCUUAUGUAUGUUCUUUGUGUGCAAAGAGCUUUAGACAGAUGGGUACUUUAAAAACACAUCUGAAAAGACACAGCGGUGUGAAGGAUCAUAUUUGCUCUGAAUGUGGAAAGACUUUUUUUACAGUCUAUGCAUUGAGAAAGCACCAAAGAGUUCACACCGGUGAAAAAUCUAACCAGUAUUCACACUCUGACAAGACAUUCACAUGGCCAGAAUAUCUGAAAAUACAUGAGACGAUCCACACUGAAGAGAAGCCACACACAUGUAAUCAGUGCGGAAAGAAGUUCAGACUUAAAGGAUUUCUCUAUGAACACAUGAAGAUCCACACUGGAGUGAUGCCGUACACAUGUGAUCAAUGCGGGAGGAAAUUCAGACAUAAAGGAAGCCUGAAUACACACAUGAGAAUCCACACUGGAGAGAAACCCUUCGCAUGUGAUCAGUGUGGGAAGAGUUUCAGACAUAAAGGAAAUUAUAAUGAUCACAUGAAAAUCCACUCUGGAGAGAAGCCACACUCAUGUGAUCAGUGCGGGAGGAGUUUUAUACAAAAAGAACACCUUAAAAAACACAUGAGUAUCCACACUGGAGAGAAGCCCUUCACAUGUGAUCACUGCGGAAAGGGUUUCUUAAAAAAAGAACGCCUUAAAAAACACAUGAAAAUACACUAAAGAGAAGCUGUACACACUUCAGACUUAAAUAAAGUCUUUAUGAACACAUGAAAAUCCACACUGGAGAGAAGCCCCUUCACAUGUGAACAGUGUGGAAAGAGUUUCAGAAAGUAAAGGGUUUUAAAAGAAAAUCUGCAUACCCAUUCUGGAGAAAGACUAAUU